CCGUUAUCAUGAUAAGGAGAUAACAGCGAAUCAACACCAAUAUAUCUACCAGUCAUUUUCUUAGAAGCUAGUAUAUGGAGUCAUAUUUAAAAAACGACACGCCUUUUUUCUAUUAAAGAUAGAACGAUAAGUUUGUUGCGUUCGAAAGAUAAAAAUGUCGAAUGUUUAAUUUCGUACUGUUAGUGUAGUUGCAUCACUCGUGUCGUGCGCUGUGGCCGCAGUACACAGCGUACACAAACAUUCCCUUGCGGAACGGCCGCUCUUUGUUUUGAAUCAAGUUUCAAACAAGAUUUCUGACAUGUGAACACACAAAACCACAAUGGGACUCUCAACGAACUGCUGGAAAUAUCUCGUGUUAACCUUCAAUGUAUUAUUCGCAAUGUCAGCAGUGGUCCUGUUCGGCGCGAGCGGAUAUCUUCUGUAUAGACUGUUCUUAUACCGGCAUUUCAUCGGAGUAAAUGUGGAGUACCCAGCAAUACUCCUUCUGAUGAUGGCCAUCAUCACAUGUUCCAUAGCAUGGAUUGGUUGGAGGACAGCGAAAUCUAUGCAUCAAAUUCAUGUUAUUAUUACUGGUAUCCUGAUAAUUCUCGUGGUUGUGAUCGAGUUCUCCUGCUUCGUGUGGGCGAUGGUGGUGUGGGAUAACGUCGAGAUUGACAUCAAGUCCACUAUAAUGCACUACUUCGAGCAGUCGCUGGCGAAUACUGAUGCCACUGCUGUGGAUACCAUACGAUGGGAUAGACUGCAAGUUAAGUUCGAAUGCUGUGGCGUGACAGGUCCCAGUGACUACACAUCCAAAGGCCAGGUUCCUUUCUCCUGCUGCGGCCAGGGACCUCUGGACUCCAUGCACAAACCUUACGCCGCUGACUGCGCGAUGCUGUACCAAAGAGGAUGCGGGAAACCGCUCCAUGACUACGCGAGGGAGCAGUUAUUGAUGGUGGCUAUGACGGCCCUGGUAGCAUCUAUAAUGCAGGUAAGUUGAGAAAGAGAUACAGUCAGAUUUAA